UACCCGGAAACGAGUGCCUGUGUUAAGCUGUCAUGUAGUUCAAGGAUUUCCCGGAGUUUUUCACCGAGUAAAGCUAAAUAUUUUGCAUAAUUUUAGUUUAAAUGAGUGACUCGAUAUGUAUAGCGGGCUGUUACCCAAAGAUUUAACGGAAGACGACCUCAGUCCAGAGGAGGAGGAGAAGGAUGAACCAGAAAAUUAUGUUGUCGAGAAUCUUUCUGCUGGAAAUGUAAGCCAUGGUGCUGAAAACUCAGGCUUUCCGGAUGAUUGUGAAUCCACUCAGACUGGGAACGAUGUCGACGAUGAUUCCAGGACAUGCAGCAUGCCUGGAAUAUCCGAGGAAAUGUGGCAGAAAUUUCAGGAGCUCCGGAAAAAGAAAGAUGAAAUUAAGACAACAAAGAUCCAUGAAAGAAGAAAAAGAAGACGCAAAAAAGAAAGAAAAUGCGAGGAACCUACAGAGGACAGGGAGCGACAGGACGGCCGGGAGAAGCACUGGAAGGAGCUGAAGCAGUAUUUUGGUGUGAACGAUCGAUUUCAACCCCCUGCCUGCUCCAAGCCGCCUCCGAAGUCCGGCCUGGAAAAGAGCAUGGAGGAGGCCGUCGCUGAAGGGGACAUUGCAAAGGCGGAGGAGAUGAGCGACAGACUCGCCAGUCGAGAGGUCUUUCCCACAUCGGAGAGGCUUGAUUCAUUAUGACGGUGCGUCUCUGGAGGGAAAUCUCAAAGGGUCUGACGGUCUUUCCCACAUCGGAGAGGCUUGAUUCAUUAGGACAGCGGGUCUCUGGAGGGAAAUCUCAAGGGGUCUUCUAAUGGUGCGAGUGACUGAAAAACACUCGGCAAGGAAAAACCUGAAGAAAGACAACACUUCCUUUUUUUCCUCCCUCUUUCAUUAAAAACAAAUGAGCUCUCCCUGUCAACAAAGUACCAUAAGCGCUCCACCAGCGCCACCAGCAGCAUCAGCAGCAGCCUGGGGAAUUCCCAUUAAAGGCGUUUGAGGCCGAAUCGGCGUACAAAUAGAUGCCGUGCUCCUGGGAAAUCACGGCAACAAGCAGAUACAUGUUAAAACUCGGGAGAGGCUUCCCCAAAAUCCAGAUGUGACUGUGGUUCGCCGGCCGCCCCGGCCAGUAAUGAACCAAUUAGACAGACAAUUAUGAACACCUGUGAUGCUGAUUGGCACGGCGCGGCCGCGUCUCCUUCCGCAGCGCUAAAGACGCACCGAAUGUUGCUAAAGUUAACCUUUAACAAGGCCUGUAAUGAUGACGAGGGGCCAAACACACACACACACACACACACACACACACACACACACAGGAGGUUCGCAUUAGGAAGAGCAGCUCAUCCCACUCAGCUGCUUAUUGCGUCAUGUAUUAUUGAAGGCAGCUCUUGUAUAAACACAACUCCAAUAAAUUGGGGUCUCAGUUUUUUGGAUUCAUUAAGGUUAAUGCAGUUUUAAUUAGUGCUUGAUUUGAAGCCUAUUAGAGGCAAUUUAUAAGUCCUUCUUGUGGACCUGAGAAAUGACGUUGCGUGGGAUUAAUAUGAUAAAAGGCACAAGUUGGAGCUGCGGUCCCUGCUGGGUUGAAGGGAUUCCUCUCGUUUCGCUGUAACGGCUUGUUUAUUUGCACAACUGCUUUCAGGCACAUUAAAACAAUCUAAUGAAUGAGCAGCUUUGGCUUCAGGGAUUGCUUCAUCCACUGCUUGGACAAAUGAAACUGAAGUGAUUAGUGCUGAUUAGAAGAAUGCAGAAGAAAUGGAUUGAAACAGACAACGAGAUGUCCUUUAACCUUUCAGAGCAACUUUACUCUCCAGGCGCUCAGGUCAGUUUUUCUUACAUUUAAAUCUGAGGUGUUUAACUUCUAUUAAAAAAAAAUGUUCUUUACAUAUUUGUUAAAAGUGUUAUUAUGUUGUGACAGCAAAAUAUGAGACAAAUUAUCAGUGAAAAGAUUGAUUUCCUCCACCUUCUCCCCACAAAAACAAACAAUCAGAGCCAGUAGGACGGU